UAUCAAUUCACAACGAAGUCACGCGAAAUCUCGUUAGACCUGCGAGUUCAAAACACUUCCUAUUUUGCCAAGUUUCACUUUAUAUUCUGUGAAUUUUAUUGCAUUUUAACAGGUAAUAUCAAUAAAGAUGCAGAUAUGAAAAUGAUCAAACUAUAAGCAUGGGAGAAAUACAAAAUUCACAGGAAUACCAAAGCUUUAGAAGCUCUGUGCCACAGAAAAAGCUUGUGGUAGAUGAUGAUGAUAAGAAAGAAUGGACGAUGUAUGACACAGGGCCGAGACAUAUAAAAUGUCCGUUAAUUUGUUUACCUCCGGCUAGCGGAAAAGCGGAAGUGUUUUUUAAACAGUUACUGCAGCUGUCGACAGCAGGAUUCAGAGUCAUAGCAGUGGAAUAUCCAAUUUAUUGGACAAUGAAGGAGUUCUGUGAGGGCUUUAAGAGAUUGUUAGAUCAUUUACAGUUAGAUAAGGUUCAUUUAUUUGGUGCUUCUCUUGGAGGAUUUUUGGCACAGAAGUUUGCAGAAUACACCCACAAGUCACCUAGAGUAGCUUCCCUUAUUUUGUGCAAUUCUUUCUAUGAAACAAGCAUUUUUCAACAGACAAAUUCUGCUCCAACGUUUUGGAUGAUGCCAGCGUUGUUUUUAAAGAAGAUGGUGAUGGGGAAUUUUGACAAGAGUCUAAUGGACCCUGAAAUAGCUGAUUCUAUUGAUUUUAUGGUAGAAAAGUUGGACAGUUUAACGCAGCAAGAGUUGGCAUCUCGUUUAACCUUGAAUUGUAUGAAUUGUUAUGUUGAACCACAGAAACUUUCAGGAGUAGAAGUUACGAUAAUGGAUGUAUUUGAUGACUGUGCCCUGUCACAGGAAGUAAGGGAAGAGAUGUACAAAUGUUAUCCCAAUGCUAAACGUGCUCAUCUUAAACAUGGCGGAAAUUUCCCGUACCUUAGUAAAAGUUUGGAAGUUAACAUAUUCAUACAGAUUCAUUUAAAAGUGUUCGACGACACACAAUACAGUGCUAAAUCUGUGAUACAGGACGAGAACCGACCGGGGUCCAGCAAUAGUGUAGAAUGAUAAAACUUGUACUUGCCGGGAACCAAAAAUGAACAAACAUUUAUAUAAAUAUAUGUAUCAGAUAACAGGCAGGGUGUAAAUAUACAAAUGUAUCUAUUUAUUUGAUAUGUCACAUGGUACAAUACAAGAGUACCUUGUAUAUGUGUGGCAAACUGGCACUAGGUGCUGACUUUUCAUUCAGAAGACAAUGUUUAACAAUUAACCUACUGAAUUUUUGUAAUGGAUUUGCCCAGCUUUGAAUUUGGAACAGUCCAUUUGAAUAUUAAGGGGUUUUAAAGCUGCAUGCCUCCAGAUGAGCGAAAAUAUUUCAAUAAAAUCGAACUUGAGAAAAAUGUACCAAGAUUUUAGGAAAAAUAUUAAAGAUUCAAGUAAUAUUUUACAUGUUAUGUGCGAUUAAUGACUGAUUUUUCAAAAUUUAUAACUUUAUUUCUACUGCGUUACUAAUGCAGUAGGUGCUAUUUUUGUAUAUUUUGUCCUUUUUUUAGUAAUUUACGUGGAUUUUAAGUGCCAUUGAUAAUGUGUAAAUUGCUUUUUUUUUGGUUAUUUCACUAAAUAAUACUUUUUAACACAUUUUCAAAAUUGACAUGAAAAUUAGCAUGAAUCUGGAGGCGUGCUGCUUUAAUGUCAAAAUACAAAAAUGGAGCUACCAAUAGUAUACAGUCUGGUCAGACGUCAAAGAUGUGUCCCCUGGCCUGGCUUGAUACUGGUGGAGUAUGGUUUCAUCAGGGUAAGGGUUAAAGCCUUCUGAUUUGUUUGGAGCAACAUGUUUAGAGCUUUCAUUCUUAGUUUAAAGAUAUACUAUGCUCUAAAAUUGAUAUUAGAAAAUAUUGAUAAUUGCUACAAAGUAUCUUUGUACAUAUAAAAUAAACAGGUUUUGACAUCACACAAAGUAGAUUAUGUUUUGUUAAAAAUUCUACGCACCAAGUGGUCAUAAUAUGAAUAUAAAGUGUCAUUUGAAAAACUUGCAGCUUUUUAAAGAAAAGACCAACUUUACUUGACUUGUACUAGGGAAAGCAGCUUCUCAUACAUAGUUUAUUCAUUCUUUAAUUCAAAUGAAACAUAUUCAGUAAGAAUUUCAAAGAUUUCAAUCAAGUUUCUAUAAUUAAAAUUUUUUACUCAAGGAUGAGCAUAGUAUAUCAUUAAAUACAUAAGUUUUGAAAUUGUUCUGCCUCUGAAAUCAUACAUUCACUGUUCAUUUGCACAUCUAUAUUUAUAACCUUGGAUCCAGUUCAUACUUAAAUUAAGAAACAGGAAGUGAAAGAAAGUUACACGGCAUUUUUGUUCGUUAUUUUAGAUUUGUCCUAAAGGUAAUUGUAUGAAAGUUUUAUAUUACACAAUAUUGUGCACUACAGCUUUUAAGAACUAAAAUCUGGUGUUAAAUGAAAAAAGAAAAACUAAAAAUUUGGUAUAAUUUGUGUAGUUUUAUGAAAAUGAUUAAGUUGAUUCUAUAUGAUAGAAGUGUGUUCAUGUAUAUUCAUGUAUCAUAGAUGGUACAUGUAAAUAUAUUUGAUAAGAGCUAUUCAUGAGUGAAAAGAGUGUUUAAGCUCUUGAUAUAUUUUCUGAGCAUUAUUUAAAGUUUGUAAUCCUUAAGUGCGGCUUUAAACAAGGAAACAGUAAUGAUCCACGCAAGUAGCAUAACUGUGUCAUGCAUUGUAUCCAAGUUACCUCCCAUUAAUGUACUUCAAUAAUAUAGUGCUUUUAGGGGCAUGUGUGUUGAUCAAAUGCAAGAUAUUUUUAAAAAAUAUCUGUUUUUUCCCCCAUUGUUUUAGUUUAGUUGAUAUUUUUGGAAAAUACUCAUAGGAUAAAUAUUAUUUUUUUGAUUAAGAUUUUUUUUCUUUUCUUAACUCCUUUUCUGUUAAUUUGAAGGUAUUCCACUUCUGGUGCAUUUUAUGCUUCAGAUUUUUGCAUUUCUAACAGAAACAACCCUUUACAUUUGUGCCAUUCCUCCUGGUGUGAUACCAUAUUUUCUCUAAUAAAUAUCUCUAAUAAAUGUCCCUCCCCUAAUAAAAGCCCCUUGCCCGUUUUUGACAUAGGAAAUGUAAAUGAUAGAAGUUUAUUAUAAAACCAUUGAAAUAAACAAAAGUAUAUAAUUAAAAUCUGUGGAAAAUGACACAAAAAUAGUAAAGAUUCUUUUUAUGUUGAUGAUAUAUAACAUUUUUCCUUCCUAUUUUAAUUAAUGCCACCCUUUUUAGAAUAUGUACGCCCUUCAGGGGCUUUAUUAGAGAAUAUACUUUAGAUAUUAGGUUUUGUAAAAUAGCUAUUUAUUCUCACAUAAGUUGUAAAAUAGACCAAGUAAUAGAGUAAAUUUCAUCUUUUCUAUGACCUUGAGAAAGAGUUUUCUUAGUUAUUCCUUGAUAAAAUUAAUGUAUAUUGGUCUGUGGGCUUUUACAAUUCUGUGAAGGGAACCAGAUAUUACUAUCUUGUAACUGAUUGGUUGAUUCAAAAUUGUUGUUUUUGAAUCUGACCAAUGACAAGAAAAUUUACUGUUUUACUUUUGUUGCGUGAGAAUUCAUGAGAAUUCACUUUUGAAGGAUCAUACUUUUGAACUUGAGUUAAAUGCCUGUUAAUGAACAAAGUUACAUGUUUUUUUUCUGUUUAUUAGUGCAAUAUGAUGUUUUAUUUUUCUGUUCAUAGUAAGAUGCUUGCAAGUACUGAUGAUGUGUUAUAUCAUCGCCUUAGUGCAGUAACAGGUUAACUCCAUUAAACUAUGUAAGACUUUAACCCGUUACUGCACUAAGGUGACAAUAUGUUGUUUUUAAUGAUAAUUAUGAUUUUUGUCACUGGCAUUCCGAUGUAGAUGUAUGAUUUUUAACUUGUUUUAUUAAGUUUAUUUAUAAUGCCCUUACAUCAAUAGUUUGGUGUAGGGGGUGGGGCCAGGGGGCCUGUUUUUCUGGACCUCUUGUCAAGACAUCUGCGAAAUCUGCACUCUGGAUGCGCCUUUUGUUGUUCAUUUUCUAUUCUUAGAAUGUCUGAUGUUUUAAAAUGAUGUGUACCUUCAUUGAACUUGAAUUUGAAGUACAGAGAUUUUUACUCCCAAAUUCUAGUAUAACAGAAAGUUAAACUGUUUGUAACAAUACAAUGAAGGAUUAAGAAGCUAUUUUAGUUUUUAUGUUGCUAUUUUGUUUGUUGUUAUUGUUUGUUUGACAAAAAUUUGAAUGCCCAUUAUAUAAUCUUUAUUUUUUCAUGCCUGUAAAUUGUUAAUAACACAGCUUGAUUCUACAUAUGUAUUAUCAAAAUUGUUGUAAGAAGAAAAAUGCAAGCCCUUUCUUUUAAGCUCACCUGUACACAAUGUGCUCAUGGUGAGCUAUUGUGAUGAUACCCCCUCCGUAUAAUAUUUUAAGUCAGAUUUUUAGUUUAGUAUAUGUACACAAAUACACUGGAGAUUACAGAAAACCAACUUUCUGGAGGUUUUGUGUGGCAGAAAAAUCCAAACUUUCUGGCAGUUUUGUGUAUAACAGAAAACCAACUGGAGAUUUUGUGUAACAGAAAACCAACUGAUUGGAGAUUUUGUGUCACAGAAAACCAACUUUGCAGAGGUUUUGUGUAACAGAAAACCAAUUUUGUAAAGGUUUUGUGUAACAGAAAACCAAUUUUGUAAAAGUUUUGUGUAACAGAAAACCAAUUUUGUAAAGGUUUUGUGUAAUUUUCAGUGGUUUUGUAAGGCAGUCUGUUCAAGUUUGACUGUUUCUGUGAUUUAUUUUAAAAAUUAAAGGAAAUGAUUUUUUUUUGUUGAUUUUGUUGUGAUAGAGACAAAUUUGUACAGAUAAUUGCUCAUGCAUGAAUAAAUGUUUGAUAAAAGAAAUAUAACAUAUUUUUACAAUAAGA